AUGCCUGACUUGCCUCUUGUAGAUGACGCUACUCACCUUGACGAACCGAGCGCACAGUUUGCAGCACUUGUGGUCAGUGUCACGGGUGGCGAAACCGAUGCAGCCUCGGUACUCAAGACCGCCGUUGCCCCAGAGGAGUGUGGUGCGGGAGUCUCGGCUAGCACCGUUUCGACUGCAACACUCGCCUUCUGGCCAGGAGCGCCAGAUCACACUGUCAGCUUGGAGGGCUCUGGUCUAGAUACCAGUGAGGAGCGGAUGGACCUCGGGGACGAGCCUAUGAAGGACCAGACUUCGAGCGCACAGGCCGCGGUCAAGACAGAUCCGGACAGCAACAGGCCAUCGAAUGGCAUGGCAGUGCCCCGUAAGAUGCGGGUAGCCUAUUCGGAGGAAGAUGAGGCGUCCCUCCAAGCGAUGAUGCGGAGGAACUUGGCCCAGGCGAGGGGGGAGCGAAAUGAGGAGAUUGAGAUGGGUCGCAGGUCCAACCGAUCCGCACAGGUGAUACCGACUCUUUCGAUCAGCGAGCAGAACAACCAGAACCGGCAUACAAAGGAGUGGCAGGACUUCAUCGACAGUCUGCUUCCCUGGCCAUCCCUACCCGCUGCUGAGCCAGGCGACUUCCAGUGCUGGGUCGCUGAGGACACGUCAGUCGUCACCGGCGCCUCGCCCGCUGAGCCUGGGGAACAUGUCCACGGGGACGGUCAGCGUUCAUUGUCAGCACGAGAAGCAUACCCAUUCACCGAGGAGCAUGACCCAUCCCAGCGUCACGGUCAUACAGCCCACCAGCGUCAGGAUGCGAUGCGGAGCAUCAUACGGCCUGUCCCACAGCGCCCGCGCUCGAACAUCUCGAAUACGGCGAGGUCCCAGCAUGCGAAUCAGUAUCGUGUGAGCAAAGACUCUUCGAGCAUCGUCAGGGCGAGCCGAAGCCGGCCGGCUGACACGAUGUUCGAGGGACAUGGACGAACCAUGCGACGGCACCGCAGUACGCAGCGGACUCGACCACCCAGAAGCAGCUUCAUGAUGGCCGAUCGGAAGGCCCUGGAAGAGGCUACAAACUCUCCCUCAGACAAGCACGAGGUGACUGCGAACCGGCAGGCUGAAACCAUGGCAUCGCUCAGCCAGCAGGUAGGAAGCAGAGGGGACUGCGCAGUGAUCAGCGAUAAUGAGGGUGGCGCUGAAGACAUCGUUAUGGGAGAGUGA